UGAAGUUCUGUGAUUUUUACAUGUUUUUUGGUUUAAAUUUAAAUAAAAAAUUUAAAAAGUUUAAAUAAAACUAAUUAUUUCGAUUAAAAUUGUUGUAAUCCUUAUUAUAUGCAUUUGAAAAAAUAGAUAAAAUGGAAUUUAGUGUUCAUAAAAUAAAGAAAAAUGUACAACAACUUGUAUCAUUGAUUCAAACUCCAAAUGAAAAAUUAAAUUUCUUACUUGAUUUUUUGGAUAAAAAGAGCUACCGCAGCAGUGAUAUUGAAUUUUUGCUCCGAUGUUUAAGCAGUUCUUUACUCGACGAGACGUUAACUAUACCAAUUGCAACGGCAUUUGAAGAUUGUUUAUUGUUGCUUAUAACGAACGCUGUAGGUGGGAAUGAUUUUGAAAAUGCCAUCGAAUAUCAAUGGAAAUGUAUCGCUUUGGCAAAACUUAUGCAUUUGUCGCUUUGCGCUAAACGUUUUGCACUGUCCUAUUUCCUGAACAAGCCGGCUCCAUUUUCAACAUCUUGUGAUGAAGUAGCUUCAAAGAAGUCGAAAACGAAUUUAAACGAUAAACCAGAUGCAUUUGCAAUUAUUAAAUGUUGUUUUUAUCUUUUAAAAGCUGACACGAGUUUUUUUAAGGAUCUUUGGAAUUGGUCGGAAUUUCUUCUUUGUUAUGGCGAACCAUCCGAAAAUGAAAGUCCUCUUUUGAAAGUGUACAGAAAUCACAUAGUCGCAAUGUUAACAAAUAUGAACGCUACAACCUUACACAAAUUGAAUGAAAAACUACCAGAAGAAUUGCUUAUUGAAUUUUACGAGGAACAAGAAUCUAUGAGACUUUUAAAUUUAUCAGAUUCCGUCGAAGAUGAAAUUGCAGAAUCAUCAGAGGAUACUAUUUCUAUAAACGCAAAUAGCGCAUUGUUUGUAACAAACAUUGAAGGAGUAUUUUUACCCAUAUUUAACAGGGACAAUUAUGAUUAUUUUCGCACGAUGGAAAGUAAUCAAGAGAGCAUAGUUCGUGUUGAAUCAACCAGAGUGAAUCUUCGAAGCAUUGCCCUAGGUAUAACUUCUGGAAAAGCCAUUUGUCUCUCUGGUCCGGUAGGCUGUGGUAAAACUACACUAGUUGAGUAUUUAGCUCGUAUGACUGGAAGAAUUGCUCCUAAAAAGGAUGUUGUGGUAGAUGAAUUUAAUUCUAUGUUUAACCAAGAAAAUAAUCAGAUAAUCAGCAAUGUCAACAGCAAUAAUAAGGAAGGUAUUUGUAAUAAGCGAAAAAUUGUCUCAUCUGAUGUUACAAACUCUGCUUCAACGAAUGGGUUUUUGCGAAUUCAAUUGGGUGAUCAGACUGACAGCAAAAUGUUACUUGGUCAGUAUCAUUGCACUGAUGUUCCCGGUGAAUUUAUAUGGCUGCCUGGUGUUCUUACGCAGGCUGUCAUGAACGGCUAUUGGUUGCUUCUAGAAGAUUUGGACUGCGCUACAACUGAUACGUUUACAGUUUUGAGUAGUCUGCUUGAAAACAAUUAUCUUAGUGUGCCAGGAUUUCGAGAUUAUGUUAAAGUUACUCCUGGAUUUCAGUUAUUUGUGACUGUGAGGACACAUAAAUCAUCGUCCUCAAACUGGUCACAGAAGGCAUUGUUUUCAUUAUUGGAGAAACAUCUGUACCCAAUUAACAUUUUGCCAUUGUCCCGAAAUGAACUGUGCGAAGUCAUUAGAAGUAAAUAUUCUAAAUUGGCGACUGUAGCUAAUCGAAUGGUAGACGUGUUCCUUACAUUUUCUAGUGGAGACCAUAAUAUAGCCGACAAUCUUCGCCAGCAAGAGACCAGAGACAAAGCAAGUGCAACAGAAACCUUCCAGCAAUUGCCUUACGAAGAAGUUAAUAUGACAUCUUUAACGAGUUCGGGACGUUUAGUGUCGACGCGUGACCUUAUAAAGUUGUGUCAAAGAUCGAAUCCUUCAUUUUCUGUUACCAGCACAGAAUGUGCAUAUUUUGUAUUUCAAAACGCCGUCGAUAUAUUUUGUUCGUAUUUGCCGAACAGCAAAGAGAAAACGAAAUUAAUAGUAGGAAUCGGAGCAAAAUUGGGAAUUAUACAGUCUCGUUGCGAACACUUGGCCGAUGAAUUCAAGCCUGAAGUUUGCGUAGAUAGCGAACGCAUUAAAGUUGGUCGAGCAGAACUUUAUGCUCGAACACUAUCAUCCUCUAGCGAUGAGAGAAAUGAGAUCGCAAUGAAGGAACUUUCAACAGAAGAACAGUCGUUGAAGAGACUUAAGUUGUCGAACGGUGAAGGAAAGGUCAUACGUCAUUUUUCCACAAAAUCGAACGCUUUAUCAACCACUUUUUCAUUUACACGUCUGGCUUCUUGCCUUUUGGAACGGAUUGCAGUUUGCGUAGCUAAUGCGGAACCAGUGUUAUUAGUUGGAGAAACAGGCGUGGGCAAGACAUCAUCGGUGCAGUAUUUGGCCGCAAGAACUAAACAUAAAUUAGUUGUUGUAAAUAUGAACAACCAAUCUGAUGUUUCCGAUUUAGUGGGUGGUUUUAAGCCAGUAGAUCUUGCAUAUGUUAUUGCUCCUUUGCGAACAGAAUUCGAAGUGCUAUUUAGAAGAACAUUCAAUCAAUCGAAAAAUGAAUCUUUCCUAACAAAAUUCAGCAUCUGCUACAAUCAAGGCAACUUUUCAGUGAUUGUGAAGCUGAUGAUUAAAAUUGUUGAUAAUAUUUUUGAAAAGUCCGAACGUAAUGAACUUAGAGAAAAGGAUAUGCUUUUGAUGCCCCGCUGGAUGGCUUUAAAAAUAAAAUUGCAAAAACUAAAUAGCCAACUCAGUAAAUCUAUUAAUAUAUCUUUUGCCUUUAUACCAGGAUCUCUGGUUAAUUGCAUAAAAAAUGGCGAUUGGCUUCUAUUGGACGAAAUAAACUUAGCUUCAGCCGAAACAUUGGAAUGUUUAUCCACUAUUUUGGAGCCAGAUGGAUCGGUUGUAUUGUUAGAAAAAGGUGACUUUACUCCAGUUAAAAGGCAUCCUGAUUUUCGAAUCUUUUCUUGUAUGAAUCCUAAUACUGAUAUUGGUAAAAAAGAUUUGCCAGUUGGCAUUCGCAACAGAUUUACAGAAUUUUUUGUGGAUGAAGCUGAGACGGAAGCCGAUUUGAGUUUGCUUAUAUCAGACUAUUUAAGUGCUACUGGCAUACAAAAGAAGAGUGUAAUGAGCAUCGUGAAACUGUAUAAACGGCUAAAAUCAUUAGCCAAGCUGGAGCUAAAUGAUGGCCUCGGAAAUAGGCCAGUUUAUUCCUUGCGUACUCUUUGCAGAUCUUUAACAAUAUGUGCAAAAAACUUGUGUGGAUCGAUCGAAAGAAACCUUUAUGAAUCAUUCUGUUUAAGUUUUUUGACACAGCUCGAUCCUCAAUCACACAAUGUAGUACAACACUUGAUAAAAGAGGCGUUGCUUAGCAAUGCUAAAGCCGUACUCCAACAGGCAAUACCAAAACCGGGUGAAAAUUAUCUUAACUUUGAAGGUUAUUGGAUUGAAAAGGGCCCAAAAGAACUACAGGAUUGCAGUAAUUACAUUUUAACAGACAGUGUUAAAGAAAACUUAAAGGACUUGGCACGUAUUAUAUCUAUUGGUAAACUUCCUAUACUUUUACAAGGCCCAACAUCGGCGGGAAAAACAAGUUUAAUUGAUUACGUAGCAAGGCGAAGUGGAAACCACUGUCUGCGUAUAAAUAACCAUGAACACACAGAUCUGCAGGAAUACAUUGGUACCUAUACUACCGACGUUAGUGGAAAGUUGGCUUUUAAAGAGGGUAUUUUGGUACAGGCUAUGCGUAAUGGUUACUGGAUAAUUUUAGAUGAACUUAACUUGGCGUCAACUGAAAUUUUGGAAGCUCUUAAUCGUGUUUUGGACGACAAUCGCGAAAUUUUCAUACCAGAAACCCAAACUGUUGUCAAAGCUCAUCCCAAUUUUAUGCUAUUUGCUACACAAAAUCCCCCCGGUUUAUAUGGUGGAAGAAAAACGCUAUCCAGAGCAUUCAAAAAUAGAUUUAUUGAAUUGCACUUCUCUGAUAUACCACGAACGGAGUUGGAAAUAAUUUUAGAAAAAAAGUGUCUCAUACCUGCUUCUUAUGCCCGAAAAAUGGUUGCUUGCAUGGUUGACUUGCAAAAGAAUAGAAAAUCCACUUCCAAAAACACCUUUACACUGCGUGAUCUUUUUAGGUGGGGCAUACGUUAUACAUUGGCCGAUAAAAAGCUAUUGGAAGACCCAAAAUAUGAUUGGAAUCAGCAUUUAGUCGAAGAAGGCUACUUAGUACUUUCAGCAAAAGUACGAACGGAAAUUGAGUUGGAAGUAAUUGAUGAAACUUUGUACAAAAACUUUAAGAAACGUGUAAACUUAGACAGAUUGUUCGAUACGAGUGGAAAUGGAGAAACAUCGCUUGUCACUAAAUAUAUAAUUGAUGAAAUUCACAACUUUAAAUCUCGCACAGAUAUCGUAUGGACUCGUAAUAUGACACGCAUGGCCGUGCUGACAGCGAAAGCUCUACAGUUUGAUGAACCCGUUCUAUUGGUGGGACCCACUGGCUGUGGCAAAACUACUGUGUGCCAAUUGUUGUCAACAAUCCGUGGUGUAAACUUGCGUAUUCUUAACUGUCAUAUGCAUACAGAAGGUGCAGACUUUUUGGGAGGUCUGCGGCCUUGUCGGAAUAACGACAGUCAACAAGAAACUAAAAAAAUAUUCGAGUGGGCAGAUGGUCCAUUGAUUCAGUCUAUGGAAGAAGGCUCCUACUUUAUGGCUGACGAAAUAUCUUUGGCGGAAGAUUCUGUGCUGGAACGCUUAAAUUGUAUUUUAGAACCAGAACGUACAGUUUUAUUGGCAGAAAAAUGUGGUAUUAUAUCUGAGAACCAAUUAACAGAGGGGAUUGCAAAAGAGUUUGUGGUUCAAGCUAAACCCGGAUUUCAGUUCUUAGCUACUAUGAAUCCUGGUGGAGAUUUUGGUAAAAAAGAACUUUCACCAGCUUUGAGAAAUCGUUUUACCGAGAUAUGGUGUCAGCCUUCGAAUUCUAGAGAUGAUCUCGUAGAAAUUGCUAGUAAUUGUAUUAUUGACCAGAUAAAGAAUACAUCAAUUGAUAGAGCGGAGAUUCUUAAAAUAGCUACAUUCAUAGUAGAUAUUGUUCUGUACAUGAAAAACACAAUUGACAAGUUUAAGUUUUCCAUAAGAGAUAUAUUAGCCAUGGCCAACUUUAUUGUAACAAAUACGACGCUAACCUUCCCCGAAAAAGCGAUAUUUGGUUUGGAAACUACAUUUUUGGAUGCAUUGGAAAUGUCAUUGCAUGAAUCAUCUGAGCAAUUAGAGAAACUUAAGAUACAAAUAAUUGAAUAUGCAAUACAGCAAGCAAAUGAAAUAAUAGGCGAAAAAUUCACUCUAUCUGAACUGUUAAAGAACAAGGGGACUACUGUAGAAUAUACCUCAAAUAAUACUUUUGGAAUUAAGCCAUUUUACAUUAACACGAACAGCGAAACGAACGAAGCUAUGCUAAACACCAGCAAAUAUUUUCUUUUUGAAGCACCUACUACCAAACAGAAUCUCUUUCGUUUACUCUCGGCUUUGUCGCUAAAUAAACCAAUUUUAUUAGAAGGUCCUCCAGGUGUAGGAAAAACAUCUAUAGUUGAAAGCCUCGCUCAUGCUAUCGGAUACAAUAUUGUGCGUAUUAAUCUUUGUGAACAUACUGACCUGGCAGAUCUAUUUGGAACUGAUUUGCCAGCUGAGGAUAAUAUUUCAAAUUUAAAAUCGGAAGAAGAUAAGAAAAACACUAACUUACAAAUCGGUUCCUUUCAAUGGCGCGAUGGUCCAUUGCUAGCAGCGCUAAAAGCUAACAAUACUUGGAUCCUUUUAGAUGAAUUGAAUUUGGCCCCGCAAUCGGUUUUAGAAGGUCUCAAUGCAAUUCUCGAUCAUCGUGGAGAAGUGUAUAUACCAGAACUAAACAAAACAUUCGCACUCAACAAACAAACUCGUGUCUUCGCCAGUCAAAAUCCCCUGAAACAAGGCGGUGGUCGCAAGGGCUUGCCUCAGUCAUUCCUUAAUCGUUUCACAAAAGUGUAUGUACAGAAACUUACGACCGAAGAUUUAUUAUUUGUUGUAGAAGGCAAAUACAAAACCUAUUUUGAUGAACUGAGAGCCAGUUUUGUUAAACUAUUACCACCUUUCCAUGAACGGUCAUCUAAGAAUCUCUUUGACAUACAUAGAUCAAUGAAACAAAAUCAGGAAGACCUUUCUGAAUUGGAUAUGAUCACAGAUCAAAAUGAAUGUUUGAUUCCUGAAUUUGAUUUAUCACUGCGAUUAGUUCGUUUUUCGGAAAUCCUAGAUAAUGGCAUAACAACGAUGGAAUUUGGAUAUAAGGGUGGUCCAUUUGAAAUAAAUUUGCGAGAUAUACUAUUUUGGUGCGAUCUAUUGAAAAGUCCUCAAACUGGAUUCACCGUUAAACACACUCAAGGAUUUAGGCGGAACUUUGAUAAUUUCUUAUUAACCCUCUAUGAGCGCAUGAAACUGGUGUAUUACCAACGAAUGCGCUGUGAGCAAGACAAACAAUUUAUUCGCAAUACAUUCGAAUCUGUUUUCAAAUGCAAUGCGGAAUAUCUGAAUGCGAUAUCUGAAGAUGUCGGUCUUUACUGGACCAAUGAGAGAAUAUACAUUAACGACAUAACUAUUGAUCGUGAUACUCAACCACUGCAUUUCCAAAAACCAAUGGAAUGUUCACCUCUAUUACUGGAAACGCAACGUGAGACUCUGAAAAACUUAGUCGAGUGUGUACAUGUGGAGAAGCCUGUACUUUUGUGUGGUUCAACUGAUACGGGCAAAACAAAAAUUAUUGAUACAUUGUGCUUUAUAUCCAAUCAGAUGUGUAACUUGGACAACAUUGAUGACUCCGUAACAGGGAGUUUCCAACAGAUCGAUCUUAACCGGCAUCUUGAAGAAAUAUCGUUUCAUGUUGAAUGUAUAUAUUUAAAAUUCAUUCAGAACACAAUUUUAGACAGUUCUAGCACAAUUAAAAUGAUUUCUGAAUUGUUGGACUCAUGGAAUACUUACAGUGUUUUACGCAAUUAUAAAUGUGAAUUGACAAACAAAUCGUUUGUUUCUGAGGAACUUGUAAAUUAUCGUAGACGAAUAGAUAAACUAAAUAAUCUUAUUGAAAUCCUGCAAAAAAGUAUUUACUGUUCCGCUAAUGAAAAGUACACCGAAGAGUUAAAUAAUAUUCGUAAUAAACUCAAUUUGUUGAAAUUGCAUGUUAAGAAUACAGAAUCUUUAAAUACAGGCGGUUGUUUUGAAUGGGUUGACUCAAAAAUUGUUAAAUCACUCAAGGAUGGUCAAUACAUUUUACUCGAACAUGUAAACCUUUGUUCUUCAGCUGUCCUGGAUCGUUUGAAUCCUGUCUUUGAGCCGAGUGGCACUUUAAUGUUAUCUGAAAAGGGCGUUACAGGAAAUGAAAAGGCUGAAAUUGUUAAGAAGUCUGAUAAUUUCAGAGCAUUUCUAACGCUAGAUCCUAAAAAUGGAGAAUUAUCUCGAGCUAUGCGUAAUCGUUGCGUUGAAAUUUUCAUAAACAAUCAAACACCUAAUAUGGAUGAUAAACGUAUAUUAGUGUUCCACCAGGGAGUGCGAGACAUAAAUGCCAUUAACUGCAUAAUAAACAUUCAUGACAAAAUUUCUAAACUUACAGAAAUAAAUAACUUAACGAUAUCGCAUCUUACUCAGACUGCCUUUUUGUGCGCUUCAUAUAAGCGAAUUGGCUACCAAAUGAAAAGGGCAAUAUAUGUAAGUGCCAUGGAAGUUUAUGUAUAUUCUGCUUCUACGGAUUUGAUGGGUUACGGUUUAAAUUUUUACCAAAAUAAACUAAGAGAAAUUGUCAUAAUGGAGUCAGAGAAAUUUACUGCCAAUUUACAUCAAGAUCAUUUGAAAGACGUUGUUUUAAAAUGUAGUUCUUUGACCGAAAUUCCUUUAGUGAAUUUGCAAAUUGUUCCUUUAAAAGUUGUUUUGGAUAAUUUAUUGGAUGCAAGUCAAGCGCAAGAAGCAUUAUCUCUAUUAUUUUCCGAAUUUUCAACUAUAAAUAUGGAAAAUAUUAACUUUGAGGACUUUGCAAAGUACUUGAUUUAUAUGACAUAUGAAGCGAGCUCGUUAAAUGAUUUGCGGUAUCGUUAUCUGCAGUUAGAAAAAUGUCUAAAAGACUAUCCAGCAUUAUGGGAACUUUCCAAAACCCUUUACAACUGUAUAGUCAAUACCGAUAACGACAGUAUUCUGCCAUCAUUGCCCUGGAAUACAAAAUUGUAUCCUAGAAUACGUGAUUACAAGUUGGAAACAUCAGAAAAACUUGGUUUCUGUUUGAGCAGCUCUCUAAUUUUUAACAUGUUGAUAGCUCCAUUGCCACAAGAGCCAGUAACAAAAAUGAGCUCUAUCGAUGUACUGACAUAUUCCCAAGCUAUUGCAAAACAGGUUUUAAGCGAUAAACUUAACAAUUCGUUCCUACAACAUUACUCUGAUUUUCUCUUACACCUCCAAAAGGUACUAAAGAGUAGUAUGUACCAGGCCCAGUUGGAUAUGGAAUCAUAUAUUGAAUUAAUCACUGCAUUACAGUGGUUUAAUCGCAUACUGAAUCUAUCGCGAUUGAAUUUAUAUCUAAACAAGGAGGUUAACACUGACCUACUUGAUAAACUUAUAUUACACUUUAAAUGGUUGAACAAGAACCUGAUGACCCUAGUUCACAAAUUACUGCCUAACAUUCAUACAAUAUCGCCCGAACUAUACAAUAGCCAACGACAACUUCUUGAUUAUGUGUCAAGCAUCAAGCAUCCCUUAAAUGUUCGUCGUAAAAUGUAUGCAAAGCACUUAUUAGAAUUCCAGCCAUUUUCUCAAAAAGAAGAGGUGCAAAUCUUUAUGAAAAUACAAGAAUUAGAUCAAUUACUAAGUGUAAUUCCUUUAUAUGGGCAAUUUACUCCUGAGGAUGUGUUUAAAAAGUUCGCUGCUCAAAAUAGUGAAAGCUCACGGCGAGCUUAUGCCAUUAUUUCUAAAAACUAUACUCUGUUCGACUUUAAAAAGACUCAAGAAGUCAGUUUAAAUCGUAAUUGUGGAAAAUUAAUACCAGAAGAGUUGAAAUUGAAUUUACAACAGUUUUUAAGUACUUUAACGGAAAAUAAUUUUAAUAACGUGCAACUUUCUUCCGAAGAUCUUGACAUCAUAGAAUCUGAUCUAAAUGAAAUAUCACAAUUACUUGCUCCUACACCUUUCUCAGAAGCAAUCGCUGAAAAAUCUUACAAUAUGCCGCACGAAAUUCAAUUAAAAACGCUUGCAAUAAGAGAAUACUUUUUAAUUAAAUCAUUAAUAGCAACUAUAGAAAAUACGGCAGUAAAUAGUGUUCAAAUAAACUGUGAAUAUCAGGAGGAAAUUCCAUUUUUAAAUAGCACAACAGUUUCGUUGCUAAAUACAUGUAAACUGUCGUACUUUCAAAAAUAUCGUGAUAUAUGGUUACAUAUCUCCAGUUACAUAAACAAUAUGCAGACUUCCGAAGAAUUUGAAGAUCUUUUGCAAUAUUUAGAUGGAGGCUACAAGCACUUUUCAGCCAUAAACAGACUUGUCUCGAAUUCAGUGCACAGACUGCAACUUGAAAGUCUAAAUUCUCACCUUGAGUGUGUACGAGUUCAUGAUUGUAAAGAUAACAUUCAGAGUCAAAAUACAUUUAAUGGUCCUCCUUUCAUCAACAUCAUGUCUAAUUUAUUAUUCGUUGAUGAAAGUGGAGCAUUUAAAACAGUGCCUUUGCGUGAUUUGGAUCUUUGGAAAAAUUCUUUAAAUCAACUGUGUCAGAUAGUCUGGCACAACUCUAUGCUCGUGACACCAACAUAUAAUGUAGCAUGGAACAAUUAUAUGCGUUCGUUGAGAAAUGCAAAACGUUUAUUGUCAGAAGUGAAAUAUCUUGAGAUGUACUGUCGAAGUGACGCCGAAAAAAAUUUAACAAAUUAUACGGAAUCUUUUCAUAAUUUAAUUGUAAAAUUAAAAGAUUGCACUGCUGACACCGAAGAAAAUAUUUCGGAUAAUACCAGUGCGACUGGAAAUCAAGUGGUUUUGUAUAAAUCUUCUUUAAUGAACACUUUAAUUGGUUCUAUAGAAUUAUGCCUCAUUCCUUUCACACCGCUUAUAGAUCCUGUAGAAAAGAAUCGAUUAAAGAAUGAAUAUAUGGCGGAUGAUAUUUAUAUCUUAAAUAACUUUAAAUCAGCCUACGACUUUUCCAGAAUUUCGAUGAAGUAUAAACAUUUUGGUGAAGAAAUUUAUGAAGCUAUCAAGAGAAAUCUCGACAUUUUAAAGGAGAAACAAAACAAGCUCAAAGAAAAGGUAGCUCUGAGACCAGAGAAAUGUUUAUAUGGGGUUUUGGUCAGGGACAUUACCCACUUCAUAACUACAAAUUGUAAUCCAGACGUUCUAUUAAAACUUGUGAAUAGCGUUGAAUCAAUUUGGGACGUUCUAUUUGGAAAUAUGGAUUCUGAUUGUUUGAGCGGAAUCCUUGAAAGUUGCGAUGAAAUUAUAAAAAAACUCAGUUUAUGGAUUGCAAAUUCUCAGCGUUUUGUUCAUCACACAUUGAAACCGUAUUUGCUUUACUAUCAGGACUUUUUGAAACCAUUGCAAUGCUCAAUCAAUCAACUACGUUUUGGAUUCGAAGGUCUAAAGCUUGUUCUCGCCCAGAUUAAAAAUAAUAUAAUUGAUGAAGGAAAUGGCAUAUGCGUCAACAUUAAUGCCAACAACAAGCUGCACAAAGUGUUGAAAAACAUUGCAGAGUUUCCGACUAGUAAAAUGCUUGAUAUCUUCAAUGUUAAUUCCUCCAAAGAUAUUUUACAAAAUCGUUGUCCUGUAUUCAGUAUAAUUAAUAAAAUGUCUAGAUGUGAAUCGGAUUAUUUCCAUUUGUUGAAAGCCAAGGUUGUUGAACUUAAGAACCGUGUUGAAAUUUCUCACUUUAUCAAUCAGGAGCUAUUCGCAGAAUUUGACUUUGCCUUCAAUAUCAUCAACCAAGUUUGGCAACGUGAAGAAGAACUAAGACGGCAGAAGCAGAAGGAAGAUGAAAGUCUUUAUCUAACUAAAACAAAGUGUGAAGACGAGGAUGAAGAAAUGCAGGAGUUAAAGGAAAUUGAAGAAAUAUUUCCAACUGCGAUUCAAGAAGAUUUCGGUGACUUCAUACAGGAAGAUACUUUGGAGAAAGUGAUCAAAUUGAACACAAAGAAGCCAUUGAAAACUAAAAGAGAUCAUAUUGUUGUACAAGAAAAUGAUUACGCUUUUAUUGCCAAAAACUUCAUCGAAAUCUUAGUCAAAAGCUCUCAAACUUAUUAUCAUCCAAAACCUAAACGUUCUGAUAACAACGAACAAAUUGAUUUUGUAUAUUACUUCAAGGAGCGUUUCCAAGUUUUUCUUAAGAUUUACAAUAAAUACAAAUCUUCUAUAAACGACUGGUUAGAUGAAGAAUGCUUUAGUAGUUUUUACUUCAGCAUGGCCAUCCAAAAAGAUGCGCUGGACGAAAAUCUAUUAACGAAUCUAAAACAAGAGAAACCUUAUAAUUUCUAUAAAGAUUCGAAUAUACAAGAAAUAGUAUCCUGUGGAGAUGUCCUGAAUGACAUUGAAAAGAGAGUUACUGAACAACUAGAAUUAUAUCCCGAACAUGCAACGUUGAUUGAUAUUAAAAAAAUUAUCGAUCGUAUUCGCAUCUUACCAUCGACCGCGCCGGUAGUACGUUUCAAUACUGGUUUUCAAAUACUGCGCCAAAAUGUUGCUCUUUGGAAUGAAGUUGCUCAUAAAAACAACAACCUUAAAAAUGAAGAACAAGAGGUUGCGCAAUUUGUUCAAAAAUGGACGCGCCUGGAACUGCAGUUUUGGCGCAAUUGUUUAGCACAAACCUAUGAAAAAGUUGAAUCAAAUGCAUAUAAAUAUUGGUUUUUCAUUUAUAAUCUAGUCCAUGAAUUCAUUGCUGAACGAGAAAUUGACUCAUCUUUGGCCAACAUCACCUACACAAUGAAAAGGUUUGAAGAACACGAGAUUUUAGACCCGACAGAAACCAGUGCCAAGAAAUUUACGGUGGAAGCCAAAGAUAUUAUUAACAUUUUGAGACAGUUCGUAGAGUCGUCAUGUUAUGGUGAUUUUAGCAUAAGAAUGCAAUUGCUUUUAGCUUUCGAGCUAUAUCUACAUAACUGUAUCAAUUACACUGCGAAUGAUAACAAUAAUACCACUAACGCACAAAUUUGGCAAUUGAUUUCCGGCAUCCGAAAUUUGCAGUUGUACUUUGAUCAAUUUUCUAAGGAAAUUGAAGAACACCAAAAAUCCAUUAGAGCUCCAAUUGAGAAAAAACUUAAGGAGUUAGUUAAAAUCGAAAGUUAUAACAAAGACUUGUCCUACUUUAGCAUGCGAAAUAAUGUCGCUCGUGUUCAUCGAAAUCUUAACAAAUUCUUAAAGGAAUAUGAACAGCAACUGAAGGAGAAAAUAACAGCAGUUUUUCAACCAAAGGAUUCUACUGCCAAAGACUUUAAUUUCGCCAACGAUAAAGGAAAAGAUUUAAGAUUUGAUUCUAAAAUGAAAUAUUAUAUGGUCGAUCCCAAAUAUUUCGUUUUAGCUUCGAAGCAAAAAAGUAAUGCAACUGAGGAAGUGAACAAUACUGAUUCAGCACAAACAUUGCUUUCGAAAGCUCAACGGUUGUUCAACACCUCUCGUAAUGUGGUUAAGGAGACUGUUACAAAUGCCCACUAUCCUAAACUUAUAAUCGCAUUAGACUCUCUGUUAUCUCAACAGUUAGAAAGGUGUGACUAUUUAAGAAAUUUGACUGUCGAUAGGACUAAAGAACGUCCUAAACAAAAGUUGGAAGCUAAACAUAUAUUACAACAGAAACGUAAAGCAUUAACGGAUCUCUUUAAAGCCCUUUCAACUCUAGGUGUUAACUACAAGACCGGUCUCAUGGAAUUAUCGAUGAGCACCGAAUUCGAAGACAUAUUCUUGCCUCCAUUCUGCAUUAAAUCCAUGCUCUCAAAUUUCAAGGAAAAACGACUUCAACCAAAAUUGUUGCAGUUAAAUGAAAACUUGGAUGUAUACUUUAAUAAAUGUGUUUUCAAACUAAAAUUACUGCGGAAUAUAAUGCUUACGCCUUUGUCUGAACUGGGUCCCCCGAAUAUUGAGCGUAUAAAAGGUUACGCUGUCGACAUGUUCCUUUUGGUGCAGAACCAAAGAAAACUCUUAGCCUCUACCACUAAGGUUAUGUAUGAUAAUAGGGUUAUGUUGCAGCAGCUAAAAGACUUGGAAGAUGUAAAUAGUAAAGCUGAGCUUGAUGAGAGCUAUAUGAAUUUCAGUAGAUUCCGUGAUCGAUGUGAUGCCUUGAAAGCUGUUGUUACACGUAUACGCUAUGUUUUCGAACAACUAAAAUUAUAUUUCUUGCGUAUUCCCACCAAUGUGCGAAAGGAAAAUGUGUUAUUUGCUGAUGUGGAUGGUGGAAAUGUAUUUAAGAAUUCAGUAGACUCAAGUGCUGUUAUAUCUGAUUGCGAAAAAGUUUUGUCAUUAUCAAAAUCUGCACUAGAGCGCUUAAACACCGAUACCAGCGAAUUUGUACUUAAAGAUCGUCUAAUUGAUUAUAAAAACACCUACAACAAAUUAUAUAACUCAAUACAGGAUAUCUUAAAAAACUUCAAAACCAAUGAAAACGAAUACUUGCCUAUAGCUAAACCUCUCAUCGACCUAUCUUACAACAUCAAUGAUACCAUUCAAGAGAUAUUUACAGAUGAAAGUAAAUCAAAUUCAGAAUGUAGUUUAGAAAGCAUCGAUCAGCAGCUGGAAUCCAUAAUUCAUUCUAUGCUUCUUUCUUUGCAAAAACUUUACAAAAAAUACCCAUCAAAAACCCAGUCAGAUGAGGAAGAGAAACAACAAACAAAGAAGAAAAAUGACGAUGACAACGAAGAACUUGAUGAUCAGCAUUUGAAGAAAAAACUGUAUGGUGCACUUAAGGAAGAUUGGAAUGUGAUGAAUAUGGAAAAGAUAAAUGAACAAUUAACGAAUGUACUUCUUACACUUAAAUUGUCUGAGCCAUCUGUGGAGAAAAUUGAACUCAUUAAGAAAUUAUUAAGCAUUCAACCGCUUCUUGAACAAUUUAAUUUGAUGGCAGAGUACUUUUUGUGCCAACAGUUGGGAGCGCACAAGGUGUCCGUAAAAAUGUUGUCAAUAAUACUAACCGUAUUCGUAGAGAUCGGCACAAAAGGCUUCUGUGUGCCACAAGAUCUUAUGCAAGACGAAGAAGGGGAAUCAAAGAAAGACCAAAAAGAAGGUGAAGGUUUUGGUCUAGAAGAUGGAACCGGAGAAAAAGAUGCCUCAGAUAAAAUAGAAUCUGAAGAUCAAUUGGAUGAUGCGAAACGCCCUGAGGAUCGUAAGGAUGAAAAUGAUAAAAACGAACCGAAUGAUUGCAAAGAAGAGAAAGGAAUUGAAAUGAGUGACAAUUUUGAUGCAGAAAUGCAGGACAUAGAUAAACAAAACGAAGAGGAAGAUGACAGUGGAGAGUCUGAAAACGAGGAAGAUAUGAGUAAAGAAAUGGGCGAAACCGAAGAGGGUGCAGACAAACUAGACGAUCAAAUUUGGGGUGAUGACGAAGAACCGGAAGAGCAAGAGGAGGAAAAAGAAAUGCAAGAAGAGGAUGGCAAAGGAAAUGGUGAUGAACAGGAUGCCCAUAAUGACCUCAAUUCUAAGAAUGAUACCUCAAAGGACGACGAUGGAAAAAAUGAUCCCGAAAAGGAUGGUUUGGACGCCACAAAUGAACCAAACGAGGAGGACAAGAGAAAACGAGAAGAAAAUGAUAUAGACAAUAUGAAAGAUCAAGAAGAAGGUGAUCAAGAUCAGGUUAACCCAUAUCAUAAUGAACUAGAAGAACCAGAACAACCAGAAGAUUUCGAUUUGGGAGACCUUAAUGUUAACGACGACAAUGAGGAGGAUGAGAAACAGCAAGGCGAAGAUAAUCCUUUCGAUAUUGAUACUAUGAAAGAUAAUAUGCAGGAUGUUGAUGAAACUCAAGAAGACCAAAACGAUAAUGAUGAAGCAGGUGACAAAGACGAAAACAAAGAGAAUGUAAGUGAUGACAGUGAUUCGAAUGAUGAAGACGAUGAUACAAGUAAAUUGCAAAAUGAUGCUGAAACUCCUGAUGAGGAAAAACCAAAUGAAGAAGAAGAAAAUCAAGAAAAUUCAAACGAAGAAGUUGAUGAGCAGAAAAGAGGUCAAAUCGAAGAAGAAACUUCAGCAGAGGAAGAAUCAGAAAAUAGAAAUGAAAAACAUGAAGAAUACGAACAAUCUAAAGAUCAACCCAUGAAAGAAGACAAUAUGCAGUCGGUUCCUGAAAUAGAGCCAAAAGGUUCCAAGGAUAAGUUAGAAGCCGAAAAAACUGACACCGAUGUACAACAAGAUCAGAAUAUAGAUGAACAAGAUACGGGAGAAGAUAAAGAAGGCAUAGGUCAAGCUGAAAAUGAGACCAACGAUGGAGGUCACCAAGGUAUAGCUGAAACCAAGGAGACUACAACACCUGAAGAUAAUAAAAGCGAUGCUAAUACCAAGGAAAAGAGAAAACAAGGUCGCACUGACGAAGACAGAUCAAUGGGACAAGCUGAGCAAAAUAAGAUAAAGCGUCUUAAAACUGUUGACAAACUCAACGAAGAAAAUAAUGUCCAAAACGAAGAAAAUCAAGAUGAGGCAAAUAAUGAUAUGGAAGCAGAGGAAUAUCAACAUGUUAAGGAACCAAAGACAAGUGAUAAGCUUACUUUAGACAAUGCAACCGAAGAACAGUCCAAGAAAAUUCAGCCUCAGUCUGAAGAGGAAAAAAUUAAUGAAAACGAAGAAGCUGCCGAAAAUCAAUCGGAAUUAAUUGAAGAAACUGAAGAAGAACUUAACAAUGUGGAUCCACAAGAAAUGAUCUCCGAAAAAAUGGAAAAGAAUUCGGAAAAUCCCUCAAAGUCUGAGCCUAGAAAUGACAAUGUUACCACUCAAGAACAAUUAGAAGUGGAUGGUGAUGUUAUUGAAACAAUGACGGUACAAAGAAGUGACGAUACUACUGCACAUUGCAAUAAGGAAAUACUGAGUGACAAGAGUGGACAUGUAGAGGAGUUAAGUGCUGCCAAAACACUAGAAUUAAGAAGAAUAUACCAGGAACAAGUUACUUCACAGCAGCCAAUUAUUGCCCAAAAUGAAGACCAUGAAACGUGGCAUGCUAUAUCCAAUCGUAUGUCGCAAAAUGCUCGAGACCUUUGUGAACAAUUGCGUCUUAUCUUAGAACCAACGAAAUGUACAAGACUGAAGGGAGACUACCGAACCGGACGCCGUAUAAAUAUGAAAAAAAUUAUUCCGUAUAUUGCCUCUCAAUUCCGUAAAGACAAGAUCUGGUUGCGAAGAACAAAGCCGGCGCAACGCGAUUAUAAAAUUACUAUAGCUAUUGAUGAUUCAAAGUCAAUGCAUCAUAAUAAUUCGAAAGUCUUGACUCUGGAAGCCAUAUCUUUAGUGUCUCAGGCUUUAACACUGCUGGAAAGUGGACGUUUAAGCGUAAUAUCUUUUGGGGAACAACCCCAAAUAUUGCUCAAUCACAAUGAACAGUUCGAUGGACCAAAGUUAGUUAGUUCCUUGCAGUUUUCACAGGAUAAAACGAAGAUUGCCGAAUUACUCGACUUCAUACGGACGGCAGGCUUAGAAGAAGGUUCUUCUACUUCCGACAACGGCAUUUUCGAAAAUCUUCUCUUAAUUUUAAGCGAUGGCCGGAACAUAUUUAGUGAAGGCAAAUCAAAGGUGCGAAAUGCUAUUAAACUAGCAAGACUUCAACGAAUUUUCCUAGUUUACAUUAUCAUAGAUAAUCCGGAGAACAAGAACUCUAUACUUGACAUACAGACAAUGGAAAUGUUACCAAAUAAUUCUAUUAAUAUAAAAUCUUAUUUAGAAGAUUUUCCAUUCCCCUAUUAUGUUAUAGUGAGAGACUUGAAUCAAUUGCCCACGGUUUUAAGUGAGGCUAUGCGUCAGUGGUUCGAACUAGUAAAUAGUGAACAAUAAAAAUUUUAUAGCAAACAUGUUAAACACACAUAGUUGUUAAUAUAUAAAUGUAUAUUACAUUAUACCUAGUUCAAAGUUAAAAAAUGUGAAAUAUGAAACUGUAAAUACUUACAAGAGAAUACCUAUUUUAAAUACUUUUAUAGACUUUAAUAAACAAAAUUGAAAAUUUAUGAAUAAA